GUCUAUAUCCCAUUACUUGGAGUCGCAUUCCCCUUUAAGUCUGCAGCACCCAGUCAAAGCCAGCCUAUUGUCUUCAGUCCUCCCAUAUAGUGGGGGUGGUCCCGCAAAAAAAGUUUGCAGAGGAAACUUUCAAGCUGUCACUGGUUGUCGGGAGGAGACUGAUGGAGUACAGCAGGACCCGCCGCUCACAGGCAAACACUAACACAACUGCAGAUGUAGGAAAAUGCCGCAAAACCUCCCGAGGAGUCAAAGUUUGAUGAGGCCACAUCUGGAGGCAUUUCUGAGGAGCGCGGCAGUCUGAGCGCGCGCUGGGCGCAACAAAGCCAGCAGGAUUUCAUGUGAAGGAGAAGCCGGCGCAGUGACAGAGAGAGAGACACCAGAGCGUUCUGAUAUAAAUGCUCCCAUCCUGACACAAUGACCCGUUUGGAUCGCGGGCUUCGCGCUCUCCGCGUCCUCGUUGCGCUCGUGAUGGUCGUGGGAAGCAGCGGAGCGCCGCACCAACCAGACAGAUUUCUCCAGAGCCUACCUCACUAUGAAGUGGUUCACCCCACCAGAGUGGAUGCCAAAGGCCACUUCCUGUCCCACUUCCUGCCUCACCAUGCCCGCCGUGUGCAGCGCAGGGGAGCCUCUGAGGAUCCAGAAGAUCCGGAUCGGGUCUUCUACCAGUUUUCCCUUGGUGGCCACGGCUUGCAGUUUAACCUCACCCUGAAUACAAACCUGUUGGCACCAGGCUUCCUGACAGAGAGGAGGUACGGUGGCCUGAAGGGGGCCAAAAUCCACCAUCCCGGAGCCUCUCGAUGCCAUUACUUUGGUGAAGUGUUGGAUGAGACCAGUGUGAUGGGAAGCGCAGCCAUAAGUACAUGCGAUGGACUGACAGGUCUGUUCAAGUUCUCAGAUGAAGAAUUCUUCAUUCAGCCUAUGGAGGAGUCCAGAGAUGACACCUCUGCACCACAAGCCCACGCCAUCUACAAACGCCACACUUCUCUUGGAGGGCGGAGUCAAAUCAAACAACAGGAUUCAGAAAAACAAGCCAUCAACGCUACAUGUGGAAACAGAAAUUCUCCCCACAGUUUUGAGAGCCGCAGAGAGAGAUGGGAGCGCCGAGGGCACAGGAGAGCCAAACGGAUUCAUGAGCGCUCGGUGAGCAGAGAGAAGUGGGUGGAAACUCUGGUGGUGGCUGACCCUAAAAUGGUGGACUACCAUGGAAGCAAAAAUGUGGAAAGCUACGUCCUCGCCGUCAUGAACAUUGUGGCAGGCCUGUUCAGAGACUCCAGCAUUGGAAAUGCCAUCAACGUUGUGCUUGUUCGACUCAUUCUUCUGGAGCAGGACGAGGUUGAUUUAAAGAUUACUCACCACGCCGACAACAGCUUGAACAGUUUCUGCAAGUGGCAAAAGAAGCUCAACAUGAAAGGAGAAGAACACCCGCUGCAUCACGAUGUCGCCGUUCUGCUCACCAGGAAGGACAUCUGUGCCGCCAUCAACACGCCAUGUGAGACCCUGGGUUUGUCCCACGUGGCAGGAAUGUGUCAGCCACACCGCAGUUGCAGCAUUAGUGAGGACACCGGGCUCCCAAUGGCCUUCACUGUAGCACACGAGCUGGGACACAACUUUGGGAUUCAGCAUGAUGGCAACGGUAAUGACUGUGAACCCAUUGGGAAACGACCUUUUGUCAUGUCUCCUCACCUUAUGUAUGGAACCUCCCUGCCCAGGUGGUCCCGCUGCAGCCGCCAGUAUAUCACCCGCUUUCUUGACCGAGGAUGGGGCUGGUGCCUUGACGAUGUCCCCAUGAAGGACAGGUUGUCUGUCAGCUCAGUGCUCCCUGGACAACUGUACAGCGCUGUCCAUCAGUGUCGCCUUCAGUACGGAUCCAAGUCCCUGCUCUGCGAUGACAUGGAUCAGAAUAUCUGCAGCACUCUGUGGUGCACCGUGGGAAACACCUGCCAUUCAAAGCUGGACGGAGCUGUGGACGGAACGAGCUGUGGAGAGCAGAAAUGGUGUAUAGGUGGGCAGUGUGUUGCAGUUGGAUACCAGCCUGGGAGCAUAGAUGGUGGCUGGGCGUCGUGGAGCGAGUGGUCAGCGUGCACAAGGACGUGUGGAGCCGGAGUACAGAGUGCUGGAAGAGAGUGUGAUAAUCCAGUCCCCAAGCACAGAGGGAAGUAUUGUCUUGGAGAGAGACGGAGGCACAAGAUCUGCAACGCUGCGCCAUGCCCUCAGGGUGUUCCCACCUUCAGAGACAUGCAGUGCAGUCACUUCAACGCCCUCCCCUACAAGGGCAAAUUCUACAAGUGGGAGGCAGUCAUCAACAAAGUUAACCCCUGUGAACUGCACUGCUGUCCAGCGAAUGAACACUUUUCUGAAAAAAUGCGAGAUGCUGUCGCUGAUGGCACUCCAUGCUAUGAGGGAAACAAAAGCAGAGACGUGUGCAUCGACGGCGUCUGUCAGACAAUUGGGUGUGAUUUUGUAAUAAACUCCAAUGCGGUGGAGGAUCUAUGUGGCGUGUGUAAUGGAAACGGCUCCACCUGCACAACUGUGAGGAGAACCUUUGAGGAGAAAGAAGGACUGGGUUAUGUAGACAUUGGCUUGAUACCAGAAGGGGCCCGAAACAUCCUGAUCAAGGAGGUGGCUGAAGCUGGGAAUUUCUUGGCGUUGCGAGGAGACAACCCCAGCAGGUAUUUUCUAAACGGCGGUUGGACCAUUCAGUGGAACGGGGAGUACAAAGCUGCGGGGGCGACCUUCCUCUAUGAGAGGACGGGACCCAUGGAAAACCUUACCUCCCCCGGGCCCACGCUGGAGCCGUUGUGGAUUCAGCUUCUCUUUCAGGAAACCAACCCAGGAGUGCAUUAUGAGUACACCAUCAGCCGGAACGUUUCAGAGGACACAAACACCGGGUCUGAGUUUUUCUGGAAACAUGGCUCAUGGACUGAAUGCAGUGCUACAUGUGGAACCGGUGUUCAAAGGCGGGCUGUCUUCUGUGUGGAAAAGACGACUGGGUUAGUUGAGGAUCACUUUUGUGAGCCUUCCCUCCGGCCUGAGGACAACCACAUCAGCUGCCUCAAGGAUCCAUGUCCGCCCACAUGGUCGGUUGGGGAUUGGCAGAAAUGCUCAGCAAGCUGUGGAAGCCAGGGCCUGACCAAAAGGACAGUUUCGUGCAUCCAAACUGUGAGCGCUGAGGAGCAGAAAGCUCUGGAGCCCAGUUACUGUGCACACAUCCCCAAGCCGGAGUCCAUAUCCUCCUGCAGCGCGCACGUGCCUUGCCCAGCUGACUGGAUCACAGGCAUUUGGUCAAAGUGUUCACAGACCUGUGGAAAUGGAGUUCGCCAGCGUAACGUGACCUGCAGCAGAAACGCCAGUGCCGACUGUGAUCCCCAAAAGAAGCCUUUAGCCGUCACCGGGUGUCACAUUCAGGACUGUGUGCAGCUUGGGGACAAUUUUGGAGAUAGUGAAUGGUCUGGAAGCGGCAUGUCCAGCAAUGACGUGCUGAAUGAAAUCAAGCCCAUUCCUGAGCCCAAACUCCCUCUGAAGCACGGCACCAGCAGGAGCCAGCCAAGAAACCACAAUGUGAAUUUUGACGGACACUUCCACUACCACAACAACAUCGAAAACACUGAAGAAAACAACGUUCAAGUUGAUGAUUUUUAUUACGAUUAUAACUUUAUUGACUUUCAUGAGGAUUUGUCUGAAGAUUUUAGGAGCAGUGAAAAGAAUUUAGAGGACAGCCACAGAUUCAGUUUGCUCCCGGAGGUCCAGCCAACACACAGCGAGAGAGUUGAUGCUCAUGUGGACACUCGGAGCACAACAAUAGCCACAACAGCUUCAGCUGUUCCAAAUGUUUCAGAUUUAAAAAGCGUGCCUCAAAACAUAACAGUAGAUAAAGCAAAAAAUAUUCCUACAACAGAUUCAGAGAAUGUUAAUGACUUUCUGUCUGAGGACUAUCUGUUGCCUGUAUCUGCUACUCAUUUGCCGCCAUUGUCCAAAACGCAGCCUUCACAAAUAGCAAAUGAAAAACAUGUAAGUGUGUUGUGGCCGGAAAACAUAAUUACUUCUAGGCUGCUUGUCACUACAGAGCAUCCAGCACAAGAUGAAACAUGGGAGGAAUCUGGGGAUGAGGCUGAAAAUACCUAUUUCAGAGAGGAGGAAAAUCACUCACAAGGUUUCACGGUGACUUCAGUUUAUCCUGCUCCCAUUCGCACACAUCAAACCACAGCUGACAUCACAUCCACAAAGAGAUUUGUGAAGAUUAGUAAUGAGUCUUUGGAACAAAAGAAUAAUGCAAGAUCAAAACCUUCGGGCCAGCCGGCAGAAAAUGAAAGUCCGGAUAGGACUGGAAUCCACCUUAAAGAAAGUGCUUCAGAAAUAUUUCAGACAACAAACAAAACAACUUUCACACUGGAAGAUUUGGAAAUGGAUCCGAAUAUUCUGGAAGGAGAACAUAACUCGUGGGAUAAUGACCUCAGCACAUUGCCUCCUCCGUCUGCUUUUCUUCCGAGUUUACUCCUACAAACCUCAGGUAACCAGUGGGAAUCAGAAAAAAUCCCAUUAUUAACUGGAACAGAAAAUAUACCUCCCCCAAACACCAAGGGAGAAACCCAACCUCCCACCACUGACUUCCUGACAGCCAGCAGGGAACCAGUGUCUACAAAUCCUGCUUUUGGGAAAACGACUGGAACAGGUUCCACAUACCAUCCUGAUUUAUUCUAUCCAACUGAAUAUGACUACGGUGAAAUCCUAGAGUCCUCAACAGUAGGGAGCAACACGAGCCCUGAUCAUGAUCUCUCACACCAAGCUGCUACAAGCACGCAAGACACAACACCUGCACAUCACAUGGAACCAGCAACACCUGCUGUUCCCAUUAUCUCAACCAAUGCACCGAGUCUGUGGCCACGAACCGUCCCAUCAUCUGUGGAGGCCAGCAGUGGAGCCGGGCACUGGGUUGCUGGGAACUGGAGCGCUUGCUCCACCAGCUGUGGACUGGGUGCAGUCUGGAGAGCGGUGACUUGCAGCACUGGAAUGGACUCCGACUGCCAUCCAUCUAAGAAACCUCCACCAGCCCGACAGUGUUACCUGCGUCCGUGCUCAAUGUGGAAGGUCGGGGAGUGGAGUAAGUGCUCCAAGAACUGCGAGGGUGGCUCUCAAUUUCGAGAGGUCCAAUGCUUUGAUCUGAGGGAUCAAAGACCUCUAAGACCCUUCCACUGCAGGGCCAUGUCCUCCAGGCCACAGACACAGACGCUCUGCAACCUGCAGCCGUGUAUCGCCUGGUACACCUCAUCCUGGGGUCAGUGCUCUGAAGUGUGUGGAGGAGGUGAGCAGCAGCGCAUCGUCACCUGUCCAGAGGAAAAUGGAUGCGACAGAGACCUGCAGCCAAGUAACAUCCAGGCGUGUAACAGCCAGCCGUGCGCUCAGUGGCUGACUGGAUCCUGGGGAGAGUGUUCAGCUUCAUGCGGUGGAGGUGUCCAGCAUCGACUCAUCAAAUGUGUUGACACAAAAGCCGAUACUGAUAGUGAGGUGGAUCAAGCUCAGUGCCAUCACGAGUUGAAGCCGGUCGGCAGCCAGAAAUGCAACACACAGGAGUGUGAGAGCGCUUCCCCGGAAGCAGUUUGUCUUCGUGACCGCCUGACUCCUCGUUUCUGUCACACUCUCCGCCUGCUCCGCCGCUGUCACCUCUCCAACGUCCAAUCCCAGUGCUGCAAGACCUGCAUCCAGCUUUCCAGCAGCACGGCUCGCCGCUGAGGCGCUCCUCCCAUCCUUCAUCUUUGCACCGCAGGAUAACAAUGACAGAACAAUCUGUUACCCCGAGCCCUCUCCUGACUUAGACUUGUCGAGAUUCUAUGAGAUUUUUCUUUCCAUUAAUAUGCAAAAACAGAAUGUAAAUAUUUGUACCUUCUAUACCACAACAGUUGACGACGUCUGUCUGACAGAAAUGAUGGCGUUAUGAGAGACAAGAGCUUAACACAGCUGUAGACACACCACUCGCUAACCUUUAGGGCUUUUUGAACCGACAGCUGAACAGUAAUUUAGACAAGAUGUGGUACAAGUGUUAUGAAGGGCAAAAAAGAAGUGCUGCAGAGAUGCUUUGUCACACAGAAAACAAUCAUUCAUUUGCUGCAAGCCCUUUCCCUUUUCAAUUGUUUAAUUGUUUUUUAGACACGUGAAUUUGAGGUUAUUUGCAUUAUUUCCUGACCCCCCCAAAAAAAACAAAUAGAGUCAACAAGUUACAAAAGUCAAUAGUAAAAGCAAUCAGCAUUCAGAGUGCUUCCUCAAAGGUCUCCCUGCUUCAAAGUAAGGUCAGAUUCUUAGACUUUUUCCCUUUGAUAAAAAUUUCCUUUUUAAAGAUCACAGCAUCUUUAAGUAACGAGCAGGUUUUUGCAGGUAAAGAUUACCUUAAUGAUUUGAGUAAAUACAUCACAAAAUUACAGCUUUUGCCCCUGGGAAGAGAAAAAAACUUCUUUUCUCAUUAAGCUGCUGAAAAGUUCUGCUUUUUGCGCUAAAAUCUUUUGUUGCUCAUGGGUAGAAAGAGCCCAUUAAUAAACGUGACCCACAGAGUCAGCCAUUACGGGAAAGUGCAGCAGAAAAAUGAAGCAUUUGCUACUCAGAGCAUUACAAAUCUACCGUACAGAUGCCUUACACUACCUCCAGCAAAACAGACAGUCAUGCAUUGCACUCAGCAAUGGGGAACGGUGACACCUGUCUGCAGUCUAUUUUCAUUUUUCUGAGCUUGGAAGAUUUUGUGAGCGCAGUAACUCUUCUUAUGUCUUUACCAGUAAGUGGCUUUUCUUCUCUGGCUGAGCGGCCAGAUUUAGGAGUCACUGUUUACCAGAACCGCAUUUGAAUCAUUAGCAGUUAAGUCUGAAGACAAACUGUGGUGGUUUCUGUUGUUUUUAAGCAGCUUGUGUAAAAAAGAAAAACCCCUUUCUACCAUCUCCAGAGUUUCUGUAGCAUCCUGAAACACAGAAGCAGCCAUCUCCAUGUGUUUGUUCAGUGUGUUUGAACGGGUAAAAGGCUGUGAUGCCGCUCCAGCACAUCCUUACAAAGGAAACUGCACUCACCACCAUAGUGUCUCUUUCACAUCUACAGUUUUCUUCACCUCAACCGGGAGGUCUGUUGUGGGCUUUAUUGCUAUGGCAACCAACCUAUAUUAAGGAUGCACUCAUAUCACGUCUGAGAUUAGUUUUACUAAAGAGCUAAAACAUUUGGAAUCUAGGAUGAAAUCUUAAAUAAUUUUUCCUUCAAGCUAACAGAAACUGAAAUGUGAAAUAAAUUUCUGCCCAAUUUGGAGUCAAAUCAGGGUCAUAAAGAUUUGAAACCCAAAUAAUACAACUUUAAAUGGAUAUAUUGGUAUUAAGCUAAUAAAAAAAAUACAGUAUGAAGCUUUCUGCAUUUCUACAGUCAUUGAGUGAGCUUUCCAUAAUUAUGGAUUUUGAUUGGUCCUUCAUGUUAGCCCCGCCCCCACACACCAGAAAGUGGCCAAAAGUUUCAAACCUGAAACUUUCAGAUUUGAAACUGAAAAAAAAAGUUUUCAAACAAAAUUUUGAGUUUUGAAACCUAAAGGGUAACACAAUGAGACAGUUUGAGUCAGACUCCAUUCUCACCCAGAUUUGAAAAAAAGGAGGGUGGGGCUUGGGGAAGCGGGCUGAGCAGGGAAGGUGUGGCCUGGAUCUGUGAUUGACAGUGACAUGGAAGUUGGAAGUAACUAAAGGUUCUUUUUAGUAUUGUCUUGAUAAAAUAAAAAAAUCCAUAAAGUUCAGGAGUCCCAAACAGGCUGCCUCCCCAUCCCUCAGCGGCUCUCUGUCUGCUGGCCAUCCAGUUUUCUAAGGGCCGCUUUAGUGAGCAAGCAAGCUCCGCCACUCUCUGCAUCAGCAUCGCAGAGUGAGCUCCAAAGCUCUGGACGUCAUGGGUGAACUUUAGUGAUGCUUUAAACACCGAACACAGCAGGCGCAGCGGAGGCGUCAAGUUUCAAUGUUAAUUCAAUGUAAAGACACGAUCUGCCGUGGCGUGGCACGUUUUCGGCGGCGUCAACCAAUCAGGAACUCAGCUUUGGGAAUGUGAUGUUUUCAGCAACUAGAUCAAAGAGUAGAAAUAAACAUUCAAGAUGGCGGCUUGAUGCGAGGAUUUUGGUUAUGAACAGACGGAAGUAACAAUUGAAACAACCCUCAGGUGCAGCUGUUGCUGCACAAGUGAAGCACACAGAACCCGGAGAGACUCUGAAAGAUCUGGUGAAAACAAACACAGCGAUGUGCUUGCUGAUGCAUUUGUAGAGCUCUCCAAAACAUAUAAAAUACUCGCUCAACAUCCUCUAUUAUGUGGCAACGAAUGAAUUCCAGAAUAACUUUGUUGGUUGGUCCGCAGCAGGGGCGUCAAGGCGUUGCGCAGUAAAUCUGACAGGCGUCAAAGCAGAGGCGGCAGACGCGAAUUUGACGCCUCGGCCACGGUCGGUGUGAGUGUGCCACAACUGUCAGUGUUUAGCGUUUAAAGAUGGGCGGGGCUUUUAUACUAGUGCUGGAGAGCAUGAUGACAUGAAACCUCUGAAAUGAUGAGGGACUCAAACCAGUUGACCAAUCACAAAAUUCAACUGUAAUACCUCGCUUCAACCUGUAGGGGGCAGCACACAGAUGUUUUUUGACCAUAAUUACAGGAUUUAAACAUUAACAUUCAAAUUGUCAAAAAUGUGUUGAGGACCAACAAGCAGCAUUAUUAAAGUCACAUUUAUAGAGGUCAACAGCCAGAAAAAGUUGAUGUAGACUUUGGUUACCCUGUAAAAACAGAAAAUUUGGGGCUGAAAACAAUUGAGUUUAUAUAAGAAUUGAAGAAAGUUUCCGGCACUUUAAUUUUUUUUAGCCUAACAACAAUAUUUCAGCUUUAAAUUUUCCAGUUGUUUUAUUUAUUUGGGUUUCAAAUCCUUAUGACCCAAAUUUGGUUUUUAAAUAAAAACUUACUUUCAUUUCAGCUGGCUUUUUAAAAUAUAUUGUCAUUAAGAGAAGCUUUUAAAAAUAUAUUGAUCAUCUUUUUAAAGAAUUCAACCCCACAAAACUAGCCAUUUUUUAUUAUUAUUUAGAGGGAUUAAUGAUAGAAGUUGGUUCAGGAGUCAUCAGGCCAUCUGUGUUAUUGCACCUCCUGUCUCAGGUUGCAUGUGUAGUUUGUUUAGGAUUUUGAAGUGAUAGACUAAAUCACUUCCACCAACCGUAAUGGAAGCAAGCAGCAGUGUAGAAAUGACAAUUUAUGGUGCGUUAACACAAAAAAAUUGAUCAUUAAUCAAUCGGAAUAUCAUCUCUGCGUCUGACGUCCAUCUCUCCACAACACAACACAAGCUUUAUAAGGAGUUCUAAUUUCAGUUCAUUGACAGAUUGAUUUUCUAGUAAGAAACCAGAGAAAUGGGAAACAAGUCUGGAUUUCAAAAUAAAAGCUGCUAUUGUGCUUUCAAAAUAAAAGUCUACAAAAUGUUAUUUUAGGUUUAAGGUGAUGUUAACAAAACUUUGAUUUUGGAAGUACAAAAAUAAAAAAAAACAGUUAUGACACAAAAUGUGCAUUUUAUAAGGACUUAGUGAGGAAGGAGAGGACACGGGGCCCUAUUGCCAAAGUUUUAGAUGAGCUAGUCGAUACGGGGUGGCACGACAAGUCGCUCCUCUGGAAGCAAGGGAACACAACCAGAGAUGCAAUGGAGAAAAUGUUAACUAACUGACAUGUGACAGACCAGUCUAAAUCUAGUGUUUAAGUGCAGUGAAGCACAGAGCAAAGGAGGGAAAAACAUUU